UGUCACUGAGCUGCUGUGCUGUGAUUGGACAGGAGAGGACGCUGCAGCAGCAGGAGACAGAGCCAUCCAUGACCGAGACGUGGACUGGCUGCGACAGUCUGACGUGGUGGUGGCGGAGGUGACGCAGCCGUCUCUGGGCGUCGGCUACGAGCUCGGCCGCGCCGUCGACAUGAAGAAGAAGAUCUUUUGUCUGUUCAGACCGUCGUCGGGACGACGUCUGUCGGCGAUGAUUCGCGGCGCCGAGGACGGCGAGCUCUUCGUGGUGAAAGAUUACAGCGAGGACGAGGUGGAGAACGUUCUGGAAGAGUUCUUCAGCAAACUGAAGAGAACCUGAAGAACAUGAGAACUUUCAAAAUAAAACCCAUAAAAACUGAA